CAAUGGUUAAACUUUCGAGAAUGUUGGAUCUUGCAUGCACUGCAGAUGUUGCUGGGGCUUCCAUCAUUCAUAUCAGCCUUAGCCAGCCCUUUGGAAACAUGCCCAGUCUCUCUAUUGUACAAAUAAUUGUGCAAAUAAUAAGAACAAUAAAAAAUAAACCUGCAUUGGUUGGUGCCAGCUACUCAUGAAAAGAUUGCUAUUUGUGAAUGUUCACAAAGUUUAUAAAUUUUUAAGAUAUUUUUAAGAUGUCAUUGAUUUGUAUUUUUUUGCCAAUUGAUUUGUGAUCUUUUAAUAAAUAUCUUCAUUUCUAAAAAAAAAAAAUUAUAUAUAUAUAUAUAUGGUGUUAUGUUUUGUAUUAAAUAUAAAACAGGAAAGUGAUGACCUUCUGUGAAUAUUUUUUAAAAUAAUGUGACAGAUUUUGAUUUAAUACAUUUUUAUAAAACUUGCUGUAUUUGAGAUAUUUAGUUUUGAGUUUAAUUGACUGGUACCUUGAAUUUGAUGUAUUCAAACCACAAUAACUUAGUCUAACAUGGUUUCAGAAUAAAUACAUAAAUAAAACAACUAAUGACUACUAUAAAUAAAGAUCAUACAUACAAAGUUUGAAUACUGAUUUAUUUAAAUAUUAGUACUGAGGUCAUAAAAUAUUUCUCAUCUCAGCCUUGCAUCGCUAGCAGUGUGCCAAUACUGCUCAGGCUCCAGUUGGGGGCGUGGUCACAUUGUAGGCUCCGCUCGUGAUUGGUUACCGAGGUUUGACCUGCCAAAUCUCAGCCAAUCGGCUGUGUGUAAUUCCGGGCUGUGCUACAGACCUGCACUAGUUAGCAAGCAAGACAUUUCUUUGACUCAUGGUCAGAAGGUUAACAGCGUUUGCUAAACCGUGAAAGAUUGCGUUUCUCAUCUGCGGUUACAUUUGAAAGGUUCAGUCCAGUGCUUGGCUGAAUGGCAGUGGUACAGGAGGGUCCGUGGAAAUGCCUGAGCACAGGGAAGAAGGUGGUGCUGGCUGCAGGCCUUUCUGUAGGGGCCACAGUGGGCUACAUCUUGUACCGUCAUAUUCGGAGCAGCAGUGCUCAACAGCAAAAGACAGAACAGUCCAGGUUUUCUGUGCCCCUCGACGUGUACAGAUCUAUUGCAAGGCACCAGAGCACCUUUCUGGAUCUAGUAAGUCAGAAGUCAGGAGCUAAGGUAAACGUGCUGCCGAAUUCAGAGGAUCAGAGCGCUGUGUGCUUCUUGCUCCAGGGCACAAUGCAGCAGAACCUCUUGGCUAAAUGUGCUCUGGAGAAACUGGCCAGUGACAGCGAGCUCAUCAGUGAUGUCUUAGAGGUGCCACAGACUGCCUUCGGACGAGUCAUAGGUCGUGGAGGCGAGACGCUGAAGUUAAUUAGCCGUACAUCAGGAGCUCGGGUGAACUGCCCACGUGAACGAGGUCGCAGCUUAGAGGAAAAGGGCAAGAUUACGAUCAUGGGGACACGGCAAGAAGUACUACGUGCUAAGGACUUGAUUAUGGAGAAGGUGAUGGAGAACGAGACGGUACGAAAACGGAUCAGCCAGUCCUCUGCCCUGCGCCAGAAAAGGAAAGCUCUAGAACUGGAGCCAGUCCACAAACCUCAGGGCCCAGAAACUGUUCUCAUCGAGAACAUGAAUGGAGAUGAUCUGCUCUCUCCACUGACCGAAGUGGGACUGAUUCAGGCCAGUGGCUCUAAUGGGUUUGCCAAUAGUGGGGACCACACAACGGAAAAUUCGCUUAGAUCAGAGGAAGAGGAGAUUUACUCACCAGCUUCACCAUUGGAGUACUCAAAAUUUGAAAUCCCGAGUCCAGACCUGAGCUUCCAGCCUGGUGAGCAUUUGGAGGUGUAUGUGUCUGCAUCGGAGAAUCCCCAACACUUCUGGAUCCAGAUCAUAGGUGUCCGAUCGCUUCAGCUGGACAAGCUGACUGCUGAGAUGAGCCGUUUCUAUAACGAUGACACCUUGCAUGAGCACAGAGUGGACGCUAUAGUUGUGGGGGACAUUGUGGCUGCUCCUUAUCAGGACCACGGCACAUGGAACCGGGCUCGAGUGCUGGGCCUCCUGAGCUCUGGUUUGGUUGAUCUGUACUACGUGGACUUUGGGGACAAUGGAGAGCUGCCGCGGGAUCAGUUACGCAGCCUGAGGAGUGACUUCUUGAGCUUGCCCUUCCAAGCCAUUGAGUGCAGUCUAGCAGAAGUGCAACCUGCAGGAGAUUUUUGGACAGAAGAUGCACUGGAUGACUUUGAGAGAAUGACGUACUGUGCACUGUGGAAGCCUUUACUAGCUAAACUGUGCAGUUACUCGCACACUGAGAUGUCUUCCUGGCCCAGUGUAAAGCUGUAUGAUAACAGCCAGGGAAAGGCUGUGGAUCUGGGUGAAGAAUUGAUUCGCUUGGGCCAUGCAGUGAGCUGUCAGGAUGAGGGGAGCGGGCUGAGAGGAGACCAUGACGAGCCAAGGUCUCUGCAGAAAUUGUUGGAUGACAUGACCGGGGCCACCUCAGAGUUGAGUAUGUCCUGCAUAAGCUUGUCAGAAGUUGCCUCAAUAUCUGGAAGUGUAGAUGAUGUUCUUGAAGACGAGUUUAACUGAUAAAAGGCCAAAGUCAUGUAUUCACAAUGAGACCACCUGUAUACACUCUGCUGGCAUGGACCUCAUGCUUCCUAUCUGCAAACACAAGCCUUAUCUCACUGUGCUAUAUGUUCUGUUUAUUUCUUUGUCACUUUUUUCUGGUCUGUUGCUGUCAGUGUUACAGA